GACCGAGCGGGAGGAAAUAGUCCAGAAAUCCCCCGGACUCGGAGCAUCGCGCGCCUGCUGCCGGCCGCCCGCUCCGGGGACGCGCGACUGGAAAGGUGCGGAGCCGCCCUGCCGCAGGGAGGUAGAGACCCGGCCCGGUCCCUCCCCAGCUCAGCGACGGCUGCGUCCCCCCAGCGGGAACAAGCGCGGGCCCCGGAGCCGAGAACUAACGGGAGCCUUCCAGGGGAUGCUAAGAUGCUGGCCGUGCCGGAGUCCCGGAUGCACAGUCUGCAAAUAAGUACAAAUGGGGAGCAGUCGCCCUUGCUCACGCCUCCCAGCUCCCCGAGGAUGCAGGACAGCUGCAGCAUCGCUCCCCUCACCCCCUCUCCGUCCCCGAGGAGCGAGGCCCGCGCCCCCCGACCCGCUCCGUUCUCCGUGGUGGUGGCCAUUGACUUUGGCACGACUUCCAGUGGUUACGCCUUCAGUUUCACCAGCGACCCCGAGUCCAUUCACAUGAUGAGGAAGUGGGAGGGCGGGGACCCGGGUGUGGCCCACCAGAAGACGCCCACCUGCCUGCUGCUGACCCCGGAGGGAGCCUUCCACAGCUUUGGCUACACGGCCAGGGACUACUACCACGACCUGGACCCGGACGAGGCCCGAGACUGGCUGUACUUUGAGAAGUUCAAGAUGAAGAUCCACAGCACCAGUGACCUCACCAUGAAGACCGAGCUGGAGGCCGUGAACGGGAAGAAGAUGCCCGCCCUCGACGUGUUCGCCCACGCGCUGAGCUUCUUUAAGAAGCACGCUGUGCAGGAGCUCAGGGAACAGUGCCCGUCCCUGCCCGAAAGGAACGCCAUCCGCUGGGUACUCACCGUCCCUGCCAUCUGGAAGCAGCCAGCCAAGCAGUUCAUGAGAGAAGCCGCCUACCUGGCGGGCCUGGUGUCCCCCGAGGAUCCCGAGCAGCUCCUCAUAGCCCUAGAGCCCGAAGCUGCCUCCAUCUACUGUCGGAAGCUGCGUCUCCACCAGCUCAUCGACCUGAGCUGCCGCCCGGUGUCCAACGGCUUCCUGGGCGAGCGGCGUUCCAUCGACUCCAGCUUCCGCCAAGCCAGGGAACAGCUUCGAAGGUCGCGACACAGCCGGACCUUCCUGGUGGAGUCGGGCGUCGGAGAGCUGUGGGCAGAGAUGCAGGCAGGCGACCGCUACAUCGUGGCGGAUUGUGGGGGCGGCACCGUGGACCUGACCGUGCACCAGAUAGAGCAGCCCCUGGGGACGCUCAAAGAACUCUACAAAGCCUCAGGGGGCCCCUAUGGGGCAGUUGGGGUGGACCUGGCUUUUGAACAGCUUCUGGGCAGGAUCUUCAGUGAUGACUUCAUCACCACCUUCAAAACCAAGCGUCCAGCGGCGUGGGUGGACCUGACCAUCGCCUUUGAGGCCCGCAAGCGAACGGCCGGGCCCCACCGCGCCAGUCCCCUCAACAUCUCCCUGCCCUUCUCCUUCAUCGACUUCUACCGCAAGCAGCGGGGGCACAAUGUGGAGACGGCCUUGCGCAAGAGCAGUGUGAACUUUGUGAAGUGGUCCUCCCAGGGGAUGCUGAGGAUGUCCUGCGAAGCCAUGAACGAGCUCUUCCAGCCCACCGUCAGCCAGAUCAUCAAACACAUCGACGAGCUGCUGGCCCGGCCGGAGGUGCAGGGGGUCAAGUUCCUGUUCCUGGUGGGGGGCUUCGCCGAAUCGGCCGUGCUCCAACACGCCGUGCAGGAGGCCUUGGGCGGCCGAGGGCUGCGGGUCAUCAUCCCCCAGGACGUGGGCCUGACCAUCCUGAAGGGCGCCGUGCUCUUCGGCCUGGACCCGGGCGUGGUGCGCGUGCGCCGCUCGCCGCUCACCUACGGCGUCGGGGUCCUGAACAAGUUCGUGGCGGGCCGCCACCCGCCGGAGAAGCUGCUGGUCAAGGACGGCAAGAGCUGGUGCACCGACGUGUUCGAGCGCUUCGUGGCGGCCGACCAGUCGGUGGCGCUGGGGGAGGUGGUCCAGCGCAGCUACUGCCCGGCGCGGCCCGGCCAGCACCGCAUCCUCAUCAACAUCUACUGCUGCGCCGCCGAGGACGUGCAGUACAUCACCGACCCCGGCGUGCGCAAGUGCGGCGCCGUCAGCCUCGAGCUGGCGCCCGCGCCCCCGGGGACGCCGCCCGCGCGCCGCGAGAUCCGCGCCUCCAUGCAGUUCGGGGACACGGAGAUCAAGGUCACGGCCGUGGACGUCAGCACCUCCCGGACUGUGCGCGCCACCAUCGACUUCCUCUCCAACUGAGGGCGGGGAGGGGAAAGGAGCCCCGGCCUGGUGCCGCGGCCCCCCCCCCCCGCCCCUCCGCCCCUCCCCUCUCCCAUCCCCCUCCUGCUCGGGUCACAUCCCUUCGCUCGCUUUCCUUCCGAGCCUCCUUUCCGGAGUCCCCUCCUCCAUCCCAAUCCUGCCUUGGUUCAGCGCGCUGUGGGGGGCCUGGGAUGGGAAGGGAGCCUCGGGAGCCGAGGCCGGAGAGGGCCAGCGGGCCAACCCCGCGUCGGGGUGAGACCCAGGCAGCCCCAUGAGGCGGCCCCGGAGAAGGUGCCGGAGGGCGCCGGGGAAGGAGGCGCAAGGAUGGCUUGGUGGGGGAUCGGCCCUGGGGACUGCCGGGAAAGGGACUGAACGGAAGCGUGCUAUGGAAUGGGGAUGAGCUAGAAGCAUUCCCAGUAAGGUCAGGAGUAAAACAAAGUCGCUGGACAUCACCGCUAUUAUUCGGUAUGGAAUUAGAAAUGUUAGCUUUAGCGAUAAGAGAGAGAAGCGCUGGGUUGGGGGGGGGGGAGGAGAGGGGGUGCUCCCAGCAUCCUCGGAAUCCCAGAAAGCGGAAGCUGGAAGGGAAGCCAGAGACGUGGAGCAAAGCCCGGGAAGGCGAGCUUGGGACAAAGAGCAGAUUCGAAGCGCUCCCCUCCCCUUGCCCUGAGGGACUCCUUCCUGUGUACUGAGAUGUGCUCUUCCGGAGCAGGGGUGUGGGUAACUCCAGAUCCUAUCUCUAUAGUUUAAAUCCAGCCCAGACCUGGAUGAACUAGCUUUGAGGUGAUGGCUUAGCGCUGUGUCCCGGGAGAACAACAAACUAACCUCAUUUACCAGGCGACUCCCGCUGCUGAGGCUAGUGCAGACCUUUGUGACCCCCAAAGGUCCUCCCACCCAAGGAGGGGUGACAGGAGCCAAGCCCACGAAAAUGCCAGUGAUGACCCGUGGAAAGGGGCGGAGAGUGUUGGGGAGACCAAUCAAGCCCCUACUUGGGAGUCUGAAGAGCAUAAAAGCAUCUCUGGGAUAGGGCCUGGAACUAUUAGGUAACGGUAGUACGGGACAAGAAGGGGAGGAGGGUUUCAUUAAUGGAGUAAUGCCACUAGUCAGAACUAUAGUAUUAGGGAAAUCAAGUUACUGGCAGGAAUAUAACUGGGUGGGAUAGUUACUAACAGGGUACUUACUGAUGGCCCCUGGACCUAACAGGAAUUCCUUAAUGAGAACAAUUAGCCUGAAAAUUACCCUGAAAAAAUCAAGUGGAUGAAAAGUGCAUGUUAUCCAGACUGAUGCAGCUAAGUCAGCCGAGUGAGGAGCUCAGUACAUCCGAAGACCAACGUUGAUUUGGAAACUGCUCGAUGCUUUCCCCAGUCCCAGCACCAAGAAAAGCAUUGGAUGGAGAUGACAAGUUAACGGGACGCCAAAGGCUUCAAAGGGGAACGGGGCUGUGAGGAGACCCCGUGCCUAGUUUGCAGCAAUGGCCUCCUCUAAGCAAGUGUUGGGGACGUUUGCAAAGUGGGGCCUAUGGUUGGGCAGGUGUGGAGCCUCCGGAAGGAAGUGGAGCAGACAGACUGUCCAAAGGCAGAGCAGCAAUUCCUCCCCCACCUGGGUGGGCUCCGGUGUGAGCUGUGAUGAUGAAGGGAAUACCCCGGUGACGAAAUCUCAGCUCAGGGAGCAGGGAUGGAUGUCGCCAGCCAGAGUAUCGGGAAGCAGGUUAUUAGCAGGGGGUUAAUAUUAACAGCAGCGGGGCGUUAGCAGUAGGAGAGUGGCCGUUGGAGAAUCCUGUUACCUCACAGUUACCUGCUGGAGCACUGUUACUAGUCAAGUAUCUUACUGUCUGGGGUACCGUUAGGGGUCACUGGCAGCAAGAUGGUGGACGCUGGGGUGGGAGACAUCUUGUGCAUGGCUCAAGGCACUUAAACAGGCCUGAGGGGAACAAUCAUCUCCCUGCAGUGAAAAAUCCUUGAGUUUCUUCCAGGGUUUAAGCUGAUCCCUGCCCCCCUAACAAGAAUCCCCCGACCCCACCACCAAGCAGGGCUGAGUGCUUUUCUAACUGGGGAGGGGGCUCUGGGUUUGCUGUCAGAGAAAGCCAAGUUGUCAAUAAAGCAUUAAUGCCCAA